AUGCCUAACGACAACCCUGCCUGCGCUGACUGUAAAGCCAAGAAGAAGCGGUGCAUUCACCGUAACCAGCCUGUGAAGGUCACCGAGGCUGAAGCUGUCCCAGCCAGCAUGUCUUCCCCCUCCGCUCCCCCUCCCCCUCCCCCUCCUGUCCCAACUCCCACCGCGACUCCCGCCCCUGUGGCUCCCCCCGGUCCAGCUACCAGAGGCCGUCGCAAGGCCGCUGAGGCUAAGGCCAAGGCCAAGGAGAUGAGUCCCGCUCCCGCGGACUCCAGUGACGAGCUUUCCUCCGUGCCCUCCGAGGCCGAGGAGAAGCCGGUGGUCAACAAACCCACCAAGCGCACUCGCCGCGCCAAUACCACCGCCGCCGAGUCCCAGACCGGGGCCCCUGACCUCUCCCCCGAUAAUCUCCAUGCCGCCUCCACCAUGUCCAUCCACCGCGUCUGGGCGCGCGUGCUUCAGGGCAACCUCCAGGAACUUGAGAGGAGCAUGCAGGCCUUCAAUGAGGCUCACCGCGAGAGCCUCGCCGCUCCUCAGGCCUUGAACGAGGCCCACCGUGAGACCCUCGCCGCCGCCCAGGCCAUCCAGCGCACUGUCGAGGGCUGGAUUCAGACCUGGGCGGCCACUGGUCGUUAA